AUGCCUGAACCAGCGAAGUCCGCGCCUAAGAAGGGCUCCAAGAAGGCCGUUACUAAAACUGCCGGGAAGGGCGGGAAGAAGCGCAAGAGAUCCAGGAAGGAGAGUUAUGCUAUCUACGUGUACAAAGUGUUGAAGCAGGUUCAUCCCGACACCGGUAUCUCUUCUAAGGCGAUGGGAAUCAUGAACUCGUUCGUCAACGACAUCUUCGAGCGCAUCGCCGGUGAAGCGUCUCGUCUGGCUCACUACAACAAGCGCUCCACCAUCACUUCACGGGAGAUCCAGACCGCCGUGCGUCUGCUGCUGCCCGGUGAGCUGGCCAAACACGCCGUGUCUGAGGGCACCAAGGCUGUCACCAAGUACACCAGCUCCAAGUAGAGCUCUGCUCAAACUCACAGAAACCCAAAGGCUCUUUUAAGAGCCACCAAUUUUCUCAUUGAAAGAGCAUUUAUUAUUAUAAUUCAUGGUUAGAUCUCUUACAUGAAGUGAAGUUUCGUGAGUUCUGUGAGUCCUACUCUAAUAAUCAACCAAGAUAAUCUUUCUACAGGACACUUAUUUAAGGUUCGAACUGUGAAAACAGCCGUUAUUAUACUCUAUUAAUGGACUUAAACCUUUAUCUACUCACUUGGUAUGGGUACUUUCCGAAAGUGUGUAGUGUGUAUCACUGUAGACAAAUGCACUCAUGAUCAAAUAAUUUUGCAUAUGGGCCUUUUUAUUUUAAUUAAUUUGGUAAUGUUAUUCAAAUGCUCAAAUUAACUUAAAUCUAGUAAGGAAACUGAAAGAUUUUCCUUGUCAGACUUUAGUUAGUGUUAGGUUUAUUCGUAUGGGCCAGAGUGUACUAUCAGUGUACUGUCCUAGAAAUUACUUUUCUUUUAUGAUGAUUACGACUUAAGUUUUCUGAGGCUGAAUACAGAGACAAUAAAAAUAGCUCUAAAUAUUACCUAGAUUAUCACUGCAUUGCAGGUUACAUUGUUCAAAUGUCAGACAAAAAAAGUAGCUC